AUAGCCAAAGCUUCGUGUCUAGCACUUUGUAUAUGCAACAACCAAAGUGUUUUUAAAUGUCGAGGGGGGAUCUGCUGGAUUAAUAAUUUCUUGGACGCGUAGCUGUAAACGAAAGCGGAUUUUACGGUAUAGAGUCAUAUAACUUUAACGCAAGAAAGGGGCUUAUGUUUGAUAUGUAAUGUUAGCUAACUUAGUUUCCAUUUAACCUAGCGUUAACGUUAGCAGCAAACCUAGGACAGUACACUGAAUUCAUCAGCUCACGUGAAAUGUAUUUGUAAACAUUGUUUUUUGUUUUUUAGAAGCUAACGUGGUAUUACACAGAAACUGUACUAUAAAGUACGCAAAGAGUAUGUGACAUUGAUAAACCAAUAAAAUGUAUAUAUAUAUAAACUUUGAUGGAAUCUACUUCUAAGCAUCUAUCCAUCGAUAGCUGAACCAGCUACAGGUAUCCUAAAGCUGGACAGUCACAUACACAGCUGUGCUUAUCUUUUGAUAACUAUGCCAAAUGACUUAUCUUUAGUCUUCUCCAAAGAGCACAAACGAUGUGAUGCCUUUCUAGUGUACUCAGUUCGGAUUAAUUAACCACUUUGGAUCACUGAAUAGUGAAGUUUAUUAGCUAUUCACCAUGGCAAGUGCCUUAGCGGCGAAGAUGGGAUUUAACUCACUGAUGAGAAAACAAGCCAGGAACUUCAGCGUCAGGAUCUGCACAAUGGAGUCAGACAUGGAGUUCAGCUGCGAGGUCAAGUGGAAAGGAAAAGACCUUUUCGACUUGGUAUGCCGAGCUCUGGGACUGAGGGAGACGUGGUUCUUUGGGCUCCAGUACAGCAUCAAGGACACAGUUGCUUGGCUGAAGAUGGAAAAGAAGGUUCUGGAUCAGGAGGUACCAAAGGAGGAGCCAAUCACCCUUCACUUCCUGGCCAAGUUUUACCCUGAAAAUGCUGAGGAGGAGCUGGUGCAAGAUAUCACACAGCAUCUCUUUUUCCUACAGGUGAAGAAGAAGAUCCUCGAGGAGGAGAUUCACUGUCCACCGGAGGCCUCCGUGCUGCUGGCCUCCUACGCCGUCCAUGCUAAGUACGGAGACUACGACCCCAAUGUUCACAAACCCGGCUUCUUGGCUGAGGAGGAGCUGCUGCCAAAGAGGGUGAUUAACUUGUACCAGAUGACUGCGGAAAUGUGGGAGGAGAGGAUCACAGCGUGUUAUGUGGAGCACCGGGGCAGGACGAGGGAUGAAGCCGAAAUGGAGUAUUUAAAAAUAGCUCAGGACCUGGACAUGUAUGGCGUCAAUUACUUUUUAAUCAGGAAUAAAAAGGGAACAGAUCUUCUUUUGGGAGUGGAUGCCCUGGGCCUGCACAUCUACGAACCAGACAACAGGCUGACGCCCAAGUGCUCCUUCCCCUGGAAUGAGAUCCGCAACAUCUCCUACAGCGACAAGGAGUUUACCAUCAAACCUCUGGACAAAAAAACCAAUGUUUUCAAGUUCAACUCAUCACGGCUGAGAGUCAACAAGCUGAUCCUUCAGCUGUGUAUAGGGAACCAUGACCUGUUUAUGCGUCGUCGUCGGGUAGACUCGCUUGAAGUGCAGCAGAUGAAGGCCCAGGCCAGAGAGGAGAGGGCCAGAAAACAGAUGGAGAGGCAGCGUCUGCAAAGGGAGAAGCAGCUGCGGGAGGAGGCAGAGAGAGCCAGGGACGAACUGGAGAGGAGGCUGAUUCAGCUGCAGGACGAGGCUCACAUGGCCAACGAGGCCCUGCUGCGUUCGGAGCAGACAGCGGACCUGCUGGCUGAAAAGGCCCAGAUCGCGGAGGAGGAGGCCAAGCUGCUGGCCCAGAAAGCUGCUGAGGCUGAGACAGAGAUGCAGCGCAUCAAAGUAACCGCCAUCCGUGGCCAGGAGGAGCGGCGACUCAUGGAGCAGAAGAUGCUGGAGGCGGAGAUGCUGGCUCUCAAGAUGGCUGAGGAGUCGGAAAGGAGGGCCAAGGAGGCUGAGCAGCUGAAACAGGACUUGCAGGAAGCCAGGGAAUCGGAGCGCAGGGCAAAGCACAAGCUGCUGGAGAUUACCAGCAAGGCUGCCUAUACGUCUCCUGGACUACCUCCUGACAGCAUGCCUCCCGACCUGAACUUCAGCAGGGAGAACCUCAGCUUUGACUUUAAAGAUACUGACAUGAAACGCCUCUCCAUGGAGAUCGAAAAAGAGAAGGUCGAGUACAUGGAGAAGAGCAAGCAUCUGCAGGAGCAGCUGAAUGAGCUUAAGACGGAGAUUGAAAGUCUAAAGCUGAAAGAGAGAGAGACUCCUCUGGACAUCAUUCACAACCAGAACGCAGAGCAGGGGACCAGCAAGCACAGCAACUUUAAAAAGCUAACACUACAGAGCACCAAGUCCAGGGUGGCCUUCUUUGAAGAACUGUAAACUGCAUACUGGUAAAGGCGGUUAUGCACAGCUUCCAAGAACCUCUUGUUUCUACAUUCCUGGUCAGUGUAAAUGAUUGACCACACUACAAGGCCUUAUAUCCCACUUCCUGGGAAUCACUAUGAAACACUAUGAACAAAAAAAUGACCACUGCCUUGAUCUGCACCAACUAAAGGGGCCUCAUGUGUACGCACAAACAGGGAUACAUGCAGAAUGGUCCUGCAUUAAAUCUGGGAUUCAUAAAAAAUGAGUGUGUGUUUACAGUGAGUGUGUGAAAUAUAGCACAUUCCCCUUAAAUAUUUUGAAGUGAACUUGGGUGUGGGUUUUAUUAGUGUCAAAGAAUAAAGGUAGAUAACACAAAAAGGAAAAAAAAAAAAGUUGUGUAAUAUGAUCUUUGGCUUCUCCUGUUCCACUGUUCCACUUAAUGAGACAGUAUU